CACCAACCGAGCACUUAGGUUCAUAGGGUAUCCAGGUACCUCGUCGUGCUCGUUCUGUAGGCGCCGUGGCAUCCCUGUUAUCCCUGUCCCCUCCAAACUCACCUGCAUCCAAGCCUCGGUAUUUUCUCGUUCUUUGGCGUGCGGAGAUACAAUCUUGGACCUCAACCGGCAACAACAACGGCUGCUGAAUAUUGAGUCCCUUGAACCUCUUUUGUCUUUCGCUGACAUGCUACUGUGAUUCUAUACGCCGUAGCUAUUAUAUCUAGCUCGACUGCGCUCCAAAUUCCAGACAAAACCACCACUAUCGUAACUCCAUUGUCAGUUGGAUACAGACUACAGACUCCAGGUCACUCGCUACCUAUUCACUACUCACCUCACUUCCGACCUCUCGUACCUCUGUCCCUCCAUCCCUCCAGCCAUGUCGACGCAGAAUUCCGAAGCUCAAUGGCAGAGUAUUGCCCGCAAGAAACAAGCCGAACGAGCAUCUCGCAUCCCCUCCAAAUGGCACAUCCCAUCUACGGUACUCCCCAUUGAUCCUCCGCAAAUCCAAGACGGACCUCAAAACGUGCUCGACGUCCCCCGCAAAUUCCUGUCUCCCAACGAGAUUAACAUCACCGAAUCUUACUCCCUCGCCGGUCUGGUUUCUGCUAUCACAUCUCGCAAACACACCGCCGUCGAAGUAGCCGAAGCAUUCUGCCAUCGAGCUGCCAUCGCCCAUCAAUUAACCAAUUGUCUCACUGAACCACUCUUUGAUACUGCGAUCAAACGGGCCCAAUUUCUCGAUAAUUAUCUACAGAAGAACGGAAAGCCCUUUGGACCGUUGCACGGCGUGCCCGUGUCGGUCAAGGAUACAUUUGACGUCAAGGGCGUGGACACGUCGAUAGGACUAGCAUCACUAUGUUUCAAGCCAGCCAAGCAGAACGCACCAUUGGUGGAUCUAUUGCUAUCGCUAGGAUGUGUAAUUGUGGCCAAGACCAAUAUCCCCCAGACGCUGGCGUCGCUCGACUCGAUCAACAAUGUCUUUGGACGGACCAUGAACCCAAUCAACCGAUUGACCACUGCAGGCGGCUCCUCUGGAGGUGAAGGUGUCAUGGCCGCCAUGAAAGGAUCUGCCAUCGGCAUUGGCACCGACAUUGGUGGCAGUAUCCGUAUUCCUGCCAUGUGCAACGGCGUCUAUGGCUUCAAGCCCAGCAACGGCCGUGUGCCGUAUGGAGGUCAAGCCGCGGUCGCCGUGGACGGCAUCAGCCGCGCCAGCGUCCAGGCCGUAGCAGGCCCCAUCGGUCGCAGUGUUCAUGAUAUCGACGUCUUCCUCAGAGAAGUCCUUCCACGAGCUAACCUCUGGGGAGAAGAUUGCUUCCCCACGACAUGGUCAGCGUACCGUAAUUUGAAAGCACACGGUAGUGGCGCCAACGGCGAACUGGUGAUUGGCAUCAUGCGCAGCGACGGCAACUGUUCACUCCUCCCACCUAUCUCUAAACUCCUCGACAAAGUCUCAGCACAACUCCAAACCCGACCUAACAUCCGUGUCGUGGAGAUUCCGACACCCAAGGCCUGGACGAAGUCACAAUCCGUGAUGAGCAAGCUCAUGGGCGUAGACGGCGGAGCCGUGAUGGCCGAACUGAUGGAAUCGACUGGCGAGCCAUUGGUCCCAUGGAUGCAGACUCGAUUCCGCAAGGGAAAACCACAACCCCUACUCCGUUUAGCCGAGAUCCAAGGCCAACGGGCCGCGCUGGAGCGUGAAAUGCUCAAGUUAUGGACACAGGACGAUUCAGAAGGUCGACGUGUUCAGAAACUCGAUGCCAUUAUCUGUCCGUUGGCACCUCAUCCGGUUCCUCCUAUUGAGGGAUACAAUGCCGUUGGCAUGACUAGUUCAUUCGUCUUGUUCGAUUACCCGACUGCGGCUUUACCUGUGUCGAAGGUCGUCGAGGCGGAUUUGGAAUUGGGUAAGCCCCAGGAAGGCAAGUCGCUGGGAAGUUGGGACGAAAAGUGUCGUGAAUUGUGGGAUGAGUCGAAAAUCGAUAGGAGAGUUUAUUUGGAUACGCCAUUGAGUGUUCAGGUUGUGGUGCCUCGUUUGCAGGAUGAGAAGUUGAUUGAGGUUAUGGCUUGGGUGGACGCCGUGCUUAAAGGGAAUGAUGGUGCGAUCAUGCCGAAGCUAUAAGAUACAAUAAAACCCAAAGAUAGGUAUCAAAUCAUUGAUAAAUAAACUGGUAGAUAAUGUUUGAAUCGAGUGGCUUUUUGUUGGUUGUAA